AUGAUCUUCUCCCUCCUGAGUCAUGACCUCAUGGAGAGGAAGACCAACCGAAGCCAUACUGGCCAGUCCACGUGUGUAGAGCGAGAACUGGCUAAACAGAAGUACAGAAUGAAGGAGCUGUUCAGCCUCGUGGAGAAGCAACACAACCUGGUGAAGUUGAUUGUGGAAAAAAUGGAAAUCAUAGCGGAGUCGGAGGACCAAGAUGGACCUGAGGGGUUUCACAGCCCUCGCUCGGGGGCAGACAAGUGGGCCCCUGUCAUACGGGCCGUGAUGAGUAAGAGGAUAUAA